AUGGGUAAAUUCCGCUCCAGGAACGGCUGCCUUACCUGUCGAGCGCGCCGCGUUAAGUGCGACGAAACCCGUCCACUAUGCAAAGCCUGCGGCAAGAAAAAUCGUCCUUGCCAGUGGGAAGAGCCACAUACCAAGUUCAAGGAUUACCGGCCUGAUGGACCCUCAUCAAGUCGAUCUGCUGCUGGUGGCACCGAUGACGAAACCGAGAGUAAGAGUGACAUGAUGGAAGUUGACGGUAUCGAAGGAGUCGAUGGCAUUGGUAGAGGAGAUGAAGCCGUUCGCACAAACAGUUUCAGCGAGGAGAGCUUCAGCCGGAACACUUCACCGAGACGACGGAAAAACAGUCGGACCGAAGGAGUAUCGGAGGGCCAAUCUACCAGCGUUUCCUCACCGUCGGCUCACUUAUCCCCAGACUCACCAUACUUUGUUCCCAGGUCCAAGAGUACACCGGGUGGCGUGUCGGUGGCGAGUCUGCUGCAGUCGCCCGACCCGGACGGCAUGUCAGAGGGCUCGUUGCCGAUGCAUACCCGUCAGGCAAUGCAGCAGGCACAUUCCCACUCGCACAACCGAAGGGAUAUGCCAGAGGGGACGAGAAACUAUUCACCUCAGCGUGUUUCUUUGACACAUGAAGAAGCCCUGCUGGUGCAUCACUAUACCGAACAUCUUGGUCGUUGGCUAGACUGCACAGACGCCACACGUCAGUUUACACUGGGCGUGCCGGAGAAAGUCAAACAAUGCCCGGUGCUUUGCCACGCUGUCAUGUCCUUUGCGGCUCGCCACUGCAGAAAGGACGCAACAGCUGAAGCAGCCUACCAGCGCUGCAUUGCCCUGCUCAUCGAACGAUUGAACGAGCAAGCGGCUAGCCACGAUGAAACUCUUUUGUGUGCUAUCGUCAUACUGCGUUUCUAUGAGCAGCUGAACGUGCCGUCCAGCACUGGUUCUGAUGAUGAACAGCAUCUCGCAGGCUGCUCAGCCAUUAUUCGAUCAUCCCAAGGAAAUCACUACGUAGAUCCAUCAGCACCUACAUUGCGCGAGGCUGCUUUUUGGGUUUACGUACGCCAGUGCCUCUACAAUGCCACCAUCAACCAGCAGCCACCUGAUAUCGACUUCUCAUUACGGUUGCACCCAACCCCAGGCUCCCUACGAGAUGCACACCCGCUGGCACGAUUAAGAUUGGAGACCGCUUGGGCGAACCAAAUGACAUGGAAUCUUGCAUGUGUUGUAAAUUUCUGCUUCGAUGGCAAAGAACCACAGAACGAGAAAACUUACAAGAUGCGACGAUGGAAAGAGCUAUGGGACCUUGUCCAAACGUGGAUGCGUGACAGACCCCACGGUUUUAAUGCGAUCUUUGAAGGUCCAGCCGGCGACCAGGGCUCGUUUCCUGAGAUCUUGUUCACUGCCGACUGGCACACUGUGUCGUUUGGAUUCUACCACUUUGCCUGCAUUAUGCUGUUGCGUUACAAGCCAGGCCCGAAGUUUGCAAUCCGCAAUGUUGGGAGCCUUUCUGAAACGGAUCAUCAAAUCUUAUCGCAUGCACGCGCCAUCUGCGGAGCCUGUAAUAGUUCGCCGGAAACUGUUCCAUUGGCGAUUACCGUCUGCCAUACCAUCUUCAUAUGGGGACCUCUUGUAUGCGACCCGAAAGAAAGAGACCAGGUAGUACAGCUCCUGAGUGACUUCGAGAAAAACCAUGUGUGGCCGACAACCUGGAUCAGCAACGCGUUGAAAGCUGAAUGGGGUAUCCCCGGCUCGUCCACCUCUCUAGCUUAA